CCGCCUCUAAACCGGGCGCGGCCGCCGCGGCGGGCGGAUGGGCAGAGCCCGGCGGGUUGGUGUUCUGGCGGAGGUUGGCUGUCCGCUGCAGGCUGCGAGACCGCCGCCCCCCGUCCGCAGGAGACCGCCGCGGACAAGCAGUUCAUGAUGUCAAUCAAAAAGGAAGGUGCCCACAAGAAAUGGGCUGCCCUGAAGGAGAAACUCGGGCCUCAGGAUACCGACCAGUCGGAGGCCAACCUGGAAAAUGCAGAGCCAGAGCUGUGCAUCCGCCUCCUGCAAAUGCCAUCAGUGGUGAACUACUCUGGGCUGAAGAAGCGUCUGGAGAGCAGUGAUGAUGCUUGGAUGGUCCAGUUCUUGGAGCUCUGUGGAUUGGACCUCCUCCUGGAGGCUCUGGACAGGCUGUCUGGCAGAGGGGUGGCCAGGAUUUCCGAUGCCUUGCUACAGCUCACUUGCAUUAACUGUGUGAGAGCAGUCAUGAACUCCCACAGAGGCAUUGAAUACAUUGUGAGCAAUGAAGGCUACGUCAGAAAACUCUUCCAAGCACUUGACACAACUAAUGUCAUGGUGAAAAAGCAAGUAUUUGAACUCCUAGCUGCGUUGUGCAUUUACUCAUCAGAUGGCCAUGGUUUGGCUUUGGAUGCCCUGGAUCAUUACAAGAAUGUGAAGAACCAGCAGUAUCGAUUCAGUGUCAUAAUGAACGAGCUGUCGAACACAGAUAAUGUGCCAUACAUGGUGACACUGCUGAGUGCUAUCAAUGCCAUCAUACUUGGGAAAGAAGACCUAAGAACAAGAACACAGAUCCGAAAUGAGUUCAUAGGUCUUCAGUUGUUGGAUAUUUUAGACAAGCUAAGAGACAUAGAGGAGGAGGAUCUGCUUAUCCAGUGUGAUACAUUUGAAGAGUUCAAGAUAGAAGAUGAUGAGGAAUUAUUGAAGAUAUGUGAUGGGAUAAACAUGAAUGAUCACCAUGAGGUCUUUUCAUCUCUCUUCAAUAAAGUGAGCCGCUCCCCAGUCUCCAUCCAGCUGCUGUCCAUCCUGCAGAGCUUGCUCCACUUGGAACCGUCUCACCACUCCAGCCUGCUGCUGUGGGAGUCACUGGAUGCGGUAGUGAACAGAGCCCUUUUGCUCGCCAAUGACAUCCAAGGAAACACUGUUGAAGAAGUAAUUGAGAGGCUGUUAUCUAUCAAGAAGCAUCCAAACAAGCAAAAAAGAGCUGAAAAACAUCUUUCUGGAAAUGCAAAUGGAGGCAUCCAGACUGAACUAGAACCAUGCACAAGUGCAGUUCAGAGCCUGGUGGGAUCACCAAACCCCUGCACGACACCAGAAGCUUCCUCAGGACCACAAGCCUGUGAAGAGAAGACCUCAUCCUCACCGCUCGCAGCCUGCUUCACCUCACCACAGACCUCUAACCCUCCACCCAACGCUGUUCUUGCCCCUCCACCACCACCGCCUCCACCCCCACCACCUCCACCCCUGCCAUCUAGCCCAGCAUCCAUGCCCCCCACAGCCUCCAUGAAUUCACCACCAGCCCCACCACUCCCUGGCAUCCCUCCUCCACCUCCAUUGCCUGGCACGGGGGUCAUCCCUCCUUCACCUUCAUUGCCUUGCAUAGGGGGUAUCCCACCUCCACCCCCAUUGCCUGGCACGAGGGUCAUCCCUCCUCCACCUUCCUUGCCUGGCAUGGGAGGAAUCCCACCUCCACCUCCAUUGCCUGGCACGAGGGUCAUCCCUCCUUCACCUUCAUUUCUUUGCAUAGGGGGUAUCCCACGUCCACCUCCAUUUCAUGGCAUAGGGAGAAUCCCACCUCCACCCCCAUUGCCUGGCAUGGGGGGAAUCCCACCUCCACCUCCAUUGCCUGGCAUGGGGGGAAUCCCACCUCCACCUCCAUUGCCUGGCAUGGGGGGCAUUCCACCACCACCCCCAUUGUCUGGUACAGGGGGCAUCCCACCCCCUCCACCACCAUUGCCUGGUAUGGCAGGAGAUCACAUAGAAGCUGUUGUAGCCUCCCAGAUCAGCUGCCCGCUCGGCUCCAUCAGGCCUCCAUACAAGGCAGUGAAGACACCAACGCUGAGAAUGAAGAAGCUAAACUGGCAGAAGCUGCCCUCCAAUGUGGUGAGAGAAAGUCAUUCGAUGUGGGCUUCAGUGAGCAGCAGCAGCGAGGAAACCAUAGAGCCCAACUACACAAGCAUUGAGCAGCUGUUUUGCUUUCCACAACCAACCCCUAAGGAGAAAACAGCCGCACCAGUGAAGGCAGAGCCGAAGGAGAUCACAUUUUUGGACUCCAAGAAAAGUCUCAAUUUGAACAUAUUUUUGAAGCAGUUUAAAUGCUCCAAUGAAGAGGUGGCUGCCAUGGUCCAGAAUGGAGAUCGGACCAAGUUCGACGUUGAGGUUCUAAAGCAGCUGCUGAAGCUGCUGCCUGAAAAACAUGAGAUAGAAAACCUGAAGGCCUUCAAAGAAGAGAAGUCGAAGCUAGCAAACGCAGAUCAGUUUUAUCUUCUCCUCCUUCAAAUUCCAAGCUAUCAGCUACGGAUUGAAUGUAUGCUGAUCUGUGAAGAGACUACUGUUGUUCUGGAUAUGAUUCAGCCAAAAGCUGAAGCCAUCCGGAAAGCCUGCGAAGAUCUUCUGACCAGUCACCGUCUGCCUCUCUUUUGUAAACUGAUUCUCAAAGUUGGAAACUUUCUGAACUACGGAAGUCACACAGGCGAUGCUGAUGGGUUUAAAAUCAGCACUUUACUCAAACUAACAGAAACCAAAGCAAACCAAACCCGCAUUACGCUGCUCCACCAUAUCCUGGAGGAAGUAGAAAACAGCCACACAGACCUAUUGGAACUGCCGGAGGACCUUGAAUAUGUUUCAAAAGCAGCAGGAAUUAAUCUUGAUAUUAUACGCUCAGAAUCCAGUGCCAAUUUAAAAAAGCUGCUGGAGCUCCAGCGAAAGGUCUCAUCAGCAAAUGACGAUGUGAAACAGCAGUAUGAGAAACCUAUCCAGGAUAGCAUUGAUGCUUCCAGAAAAUUGGAAGAAGAUUUUGAAACCAUUGACAGGAAGAGAGAAGAACUUGCAAACUAUCUCUGUGAGGACCCAAGCAAGUUGUCCUUAGAGGAUGUAUUUAGCACCAUGAAGACUUUCAGAGAUCUCUUCAUCCGAGCUCUAAAGGAAAACAAAGACAGAAAGGAACAAGCUGCAAAAGCAGAGAAGAGGAAGAAACAGCUGGAAGAAGAAGAAGGGAAGAGACAGAAGGGAGAAAAUGGAAAAGUCAUUAAGAAGGGGUUGGUGAAGCAGGAGGAUGUUUGCGUCAUUGAUGCACUGCUGGCUGACAUAAGGAAAGGGUUCACACUGAGAAAGACGAAGAACAGACACGAGUCAGACGCACCUCCUAAAGCCUUGCCUGCGGAGAUCCCUGAGGAGAGCCAGUCUGGAAAGAGCAUUAAGGAUCCGCAAGCAGGAGGUCAGCAGAUGGAUGAUAAAGCCAAGCAAAACAACGGUCAUCCCUCAGAAAGCACUCUGUCCUUGGCCGCUGCCCUACCAGAGAUGGGUAGAGAUGUUGGAGAUGUCUCAGCUCCAAACCAGGCAUUACCUGAAAAUAAUGCUGAAGAAAAUUUGCCACCAGGGUCUAGGACAGAAGGCCCUUUGGUAAACUUAGUGGAAGCUGAUGGAGAUGGGCAGGGUGCGGGGAUGGCAAGCCUCCAGCCAGGCCUGAGUAGUGGUGCCAUUUCCUUCUCUGCUGAUAACAUAGGUGCCAAUAUAACAUUUGUCAGCAGCAGCUCUGGUGCUGCUCUAAGAGAACAGCUCAAUGGGUCCAGCUCUGAAGAGCAAGACAACAAAUGCAGCUUGGAGAGCUGCAGGCCAGCUCAGGACAUCCAGCUGAGCCAGGAUGGAGGCAAUCCCAGCACUCCAUCCACUCCCUGUGAUGGUGCACAUCAGGCAGAGUUGAAAGAGAUGGCAAAGGAAAAUGAAGACCCUGGUACAGACUCGCUGUUGGACACUUCCCAAGAGAAAUCCUUUUCGGAGGAGCCAGCCACCGACUCUUCUUGUUCAGCAACACUGCCUCCAGGGGAGACACACACUGACAAGGAAAAGCAGAGGACAUCUGGGAAACGGAGAAAGAAGAAGAGGCACAGCAAAAGCUACUCAGCAGAGGUUGAGACUGAUUCUGGAGAUUAUAAAACAAAAAAAGGUUGUGUGGUACAAUGAGGCAUCACAUCAAGGCAGAAGAAAUAACGGAGGCCCGGAGACAUGCUAACUCAUCCCCAGAGCACUGCCAGCCUCUCGGAAGCCAGGCUCUGCAUCACCAGAAGGCCUCCUGCUCUGACUGGACAUCACACUCCUCCUGAUGCAGCAUUCCACCCUUUGCCCAAAGGCCCAAUGAGCCGCCGUGGAGGCUUCAGCACCCUCAGCCCGUGCCUUACGUGACCUGCGUUGUGCCCCGGGGGUGUCUGUGGGGUCAUGGUCCAGAUUGAUGCAGCAGCAGGGAAGGCACAGGCUUACCAGCCUCCAUCCUAAUGCCCAACAUCCCUACCUGCUCUUAAGCCAAACUUCUCUUAACACAAUGGCAGAAUGCGGCCCAGUGUUCAACCCUAGGGAAAUUUUAAAAAUAGCAGUGCCUCAAAUAAAUGGAGGGUAUGAAUCCAGCAGCGGCCAUACCCUCACAGGGGAAAGCGUUAUCCCUCAUUUCAUUGCCCACACUCAGUCUUAUCUGGCCAGGACCAAGACCCAAAAUGUAUUUGUGUUCUCAAUCACUUAAAGCGAGCAAAAUCAAUUACAAGAACAACAACAAAAAUACGCAUUUCGGUCAACAUAUGGCUGUGUAAACAACAUCUGGCUACCAGAUAACACGUAUGUGCAAUUAAGUUGAAGCAUGGCUGUGGUCCUGCAGUAAUCUCACAUGUACAGCUACAUACAUAAAAUUUGGAGAAGUAGGGCUCCAGUUCCUGUCAAAAGAAAAAAGUUCUCCAGGGUACUGUGUUAAACACUUUUUCAGCUCAUCCUUUAGUAAGUCUCCGGGUUUAAAUCCCAUUCUCAGCUGCUUGCACUCUUAAGUCUUUGCAUUCAAGCUGCAGAACGUGUAUUUUCACAUUACUUUUGCUUUGAAACUGGGAACGUGCAGUAUUGUGUUUUUAAAGAUUCAGAGCUUUAUUUCUCAAGUUUUGUAAUAACGUUGUACCAUAGUUGUGUACAUAGCUGUCAAUUGAAAAUGAUCUAUGCUUGUUGAAUCUAUGGUGUGAUACUGUGCUGAAACAGGAAUCAAGCAGAAGAGAUUGUUAUAUUUAAGAACUAUGCCUUUAUAUGGUAACCUGCUCUGUCUAGACUAAUGUUCAGGAUAAACCUUAUUUUGCUUUGCUCUAUAGGAAUAGCGACAUCCUUGCAACAUCAAAGACUUUGCUGGACUGAGGUAAAGGUUAUGCCAAGAAUUAAAUCAAUGGUUUAUUUUAACCAAAGCAUUGUUACUGAGAAUUGUUAACAAAAGCAAAGAUGUGUUUGGAGUAGGUGCAUGGGCAGACUCAGCUCAGGAAGCCUUACAGAGCAGCACAACUGCGUUGCAGCUGAAUUCACGUUCCUGGCUGGCAGAAGCAAGCUGCAAAACCACAUAACCCACCCCAGGUUUGACAUGUGAGACCACUGUGUCACAUUUUAAAAGUUUUCUCCUUUUUUUCUCUCCUCUAUUUCAGUCUCUGAGUGCAUCACCCAAGAAUCAGUUCUUCUUGCUUGUUAAUCAAGUUUUUCUUUUUCACAUUAGACUCCAGCCUACCAAAGUCCAACUAGCAAACAUUUUCCCAGCAACUUUGCCUUCUGUGUGUUACCAGCAGGAGCCUGCAGCCCAGAUUCACAGAGGGCAGCCAGCCUCCUCCAGCCCACCCUGCUGAUUUAUCGAUAGGAACAAAACUGCUGUCAGUAUUUGGGAACAAGCAAGGCUUUUUGGUGUUACCUGCUGAGGGCCUCCAAAGAGAGGGUGUUUGGCAUUAUGUUCCCACUGCCUUCAAGCAUUUAUGGAGAAACUGGUAUUUUGAGCCACUGCUGGUUCUUUGUUCCGCAGUCAUUUUUGAAAACUAUAAUAAAUUGUCUGUUAAAAUCAAAUCCCAAUCAACAGAUCAAAGCACAGCAUUUAUAAUGUAUUACUCCAAAGCAGCUCUGCUUCCAUUACUGUGAUUAUUUAGCAAGAACAGGGGGAUGGAGUCAGAGCAACUCAAAGAAAGACGCUCAACUGGGAUGUGCAGUUUUUCUCUAUUUGUCACUUUAGAAGUUCAUUUUUCAGUGUUUGUAAGACCAAAUCAGUUGCUGGUAAAAGCCAUGCAAUUUGCAGCUAUUUUAACAGGUAUGUUUUCGUUUAAGCCAACAGUGAGUUUGGACCUCAGAAAAGAAUUCCUGUGGUUAUAUUACAGCAAAUGCACAUGGAGUCCAUUACGUAAACCAGCCUGUGAGCACCACAAGUUUCUCGCUGUCAAGUAACUGCAUAUUCCUCAAAUAAGCAUUGUUUGUAUGAUAAAAAUGAAGUUGUGGAUGAAAUCUGCAGAAGUUUUUUCCAAGUACUUCGCAUCAAAAUGUGGAAAUAUGUUUUAAAGGCUGGAAUUGGAAUUUCAGUGCUUUUUUGUUUUAAUUUCAUUACUGAAAAUAUUUCAAAAUUUAGAAUAAAAGAAGUCAAAGUA